GCGGCAAACUUCCCCUAUAAAUUGCCAGUCUGCUGCUCCUCUGGCUUCAGAAAGACAGCGAGGUUACCUCUCACGCACUUCUCACAUCACUGGGAAGGAUUUAAAACCAUCUCUUGCAAUCGCUGCGAGAAUGAUUAAGAAAAUGUCACCAUCCGAGAACGAGUUCGACAUACCGGCCAAGAAUUGCCACAGGAUGGUGAUUCUGGGCUCCACGAAAGUUGGGAAGACAGCCAUCAUCUCUCGGUUUCUGAACGAAAGGUUUGACGACCAGUACACGCCGACUAUUGAGGACUUUCAUAGGAAAUUGUACAGCAUCAAGGGAGACGUUUACCAGCUGGACAUUUUGGACACAUCUGGAAAUCAUCCCUUCCCUGCAAUGAGGAGGCUUUCAAUUCUCACCGGCGAUGUAUUCAUCUUGGUAUUCAGCCUGGAUAACAGAGACUCCUUCCAGGAGGUGCAGCGCCUGAAGCGCCAGAUUUAUGAGACCAAAUCCUGCCUGCGAAACAAAACCAAGGAGAACGUGGACGUCCCGCUGGUCAUCUGCGGCAACAAAUGUGACAGGGACUUUUAUCGUGAGGUGCAGGAGGAAGAGAUCGAGCAACUUGUCGGCGGAGACGAGCACUGCGCUUACUUUGAAAUCUCAGCGAAGAAGAACACCAACGUGGACCAAAUGUUUCAGACUCUCUUUACCAUGGCCAAGCUGCCGAACGAGAUGAGCCCCGAUCGGCACUGCAAGGUGUCCCUGCAGUACUGCGAGGUUCUCCACAGAAAGUCCUUCAGAAACAAGAAGUGUAAAGAUGGGAACGCGUAUGGGAUUGUGGCACCGUUUGCGCGGAGACCAAGCGUUCACAGUGACUUGAUGUACAUAAAGGAGAAAGCUGUAGGAGGCAGCCAGACCAAAGAGAAAGGCUGCGUCAUAUGCUGACACUUUCUUUGCAAGAGACUCUGAGACUUUUCCCAGCAGCUGAGGAGGAAACCAGCUCUGCUCUGCACACAGGGCGCAUGAGCUCCAAGUCCUGUAGAUUUGAGCCUGAGGUGAAAAGAAAGAUCGCUCAGACACAUGGGAUCCUCAUGUAGUGAUGCAGUAGAUGCAUCAGAUGCUGUAAAAUCUGCCUCUACGUUAGCUUGCCGAGAACUGGCAAUUGAGAAAAAACAAUGUUUACAUUUAAUGUUUCUUUUUUUUUCUCCCCCCCUCAACACUUGAAUGUUUGUUGCGUUAUGAACAAAUUUGAAUCUGAAUGUGUAUUUAUUAUGUCUACGUCUACUUUUGCAUAAAAGAGAAAAUAAA